AUGGCUGAAGAAGAACACAAUUUCGAAGUUGCCGACGCCGGCUCCUCCGCCACCUACCCAAUGCAAUGUUCCGCCCUUAGAAAGAACGGGUUCGUCGUCAUCAAGGGCAGACCUUGUAAGAUCGUCGACAUGUCCACCUCCAAGACCGGGAAGCACGGCCACGCCAAGGUCCACAUGGUCGCCAUCGACAUCUUCACCGGCAAGAAGCUCGAGGACCUGUCCCCUUCCACCCACAACAUGGAGGUCCCAGUCGUCAAGAGAAUCGAGUACCAGCUGCUAGACAUCGACGACGGGUUCCUGUCCCUGAUGACCAUGGACGGUGAGACCAAGGACGACGUCAGACACCCAGAGGGCGAGUUGGGCGACUCCAUGCAGUCCCAGUUCGACGAGGGCAAGGACCUCAACGUCACCGUCAUCUCCGCCAUGGGCGAAGAGGCUGCGAUCUCCUUCAAAGAGGCACCAAAGUCUGAUUAA